UAAAACACAUCUGUUAGUCCUGCGAAUCUGUGUUGCAAACACCUAAUGUUAUUGUUGUUUUACCAAAUCGAAAUCACAGAUGUCUUGGUCUGCUCCAGAGGAUUGGUCUCGCUGGGAUCCAGAUAAACUUAUGGUUUGUCCUUACGACGAAGUACACAGAAUAAAAGCGAAGAGGUUUCAACACCAUCUUAUGAAGUGCAGGCGGAAUCAUCCCGAUAAAGACUUUGUUAACUGUCCUUUCAACGCAAAACAUGUCAUGCUGAGGCAUGAACUUAGGCAUCAUGUAACCCGGUGUCCCGACAGAUCUGCCAUUGAGCAAUAUAAUUAUAAAGGAAGUGAAAAGGACAAAGAGGGUUUCUACUUCAAAGGAAACACUUCAGUUCCAAGUUACCACAAGACAGAAGACUUACAGUUACCAUCUGAAAGCUGGGAUAAUCAGGAAUUUCUAGAAGAAGAUAAUUUUCAACAGUUUCACGGAGGCGAUAGUAUCCUUCCCGGGCAGGAAUCGUUUCAAUCGUCUGAUUCGACAGCAGUCACUGAUAUUCAAAGGUUAAGUCCAGAGGAACGAGAGAAAUUCAAGCAACGAAUGAGAAGAGAAGCGUUAUUGAGAAGUGCAAGACUCUACUUUUUGCUUACUAUCUGUACCAAGAUAAAUUUAAAUGAUGAAGGACCUCACGAAGCAGAUAAGCCUAAUGAGGAAGACUUGCGUGGUAACUCACAGACGGACGAAGUAGACCAGCUCUCGCAGAAUAAAAUUAUCGAGGAAUGA